CAAAAGAGCCCAACCCACUGCUUAUCCACCUGCCCACAAGGGGGCUUAAUUAUUUCUCCCAGUUCCGCCAAUUCGCCAAUCACCGAAGAACAAAAGAAUGGAGAACGCAGAACGCUACCUCGCUAAGCCGAGAAGCCGAGUCGUCGAGAACGGAGAACGCAGAACGCUACCUCGCGAAGCCACCAGCCAAGCCUUGCUCCGCCGACCUCCGUCCACACCGUGCUUCCGCCGUCCACUGUCCAUGCCGACACGUUGUGCUCGGUGCUUCUCUCUGGCUCUGCCUCCAAGCUCCGGCUAUGGCGCAGGGAUACGACGGUGCUAGCAAUAUGCGGGGAGAAUGGAAUGGGUUGAAAGCAUUAUUUUUAAAUGAUUGUCCUUAUGCCUACUAUGUUCAUUGCUUAGCACAUCGGUUGCAAUUAGCAUUGGUUGCUGCUUCUAGAGAGGUGAAAUAUGUGCAUAAUUUUUUCACCGAUUUAGUAUUUAUUGUUAAUGUGACUUGUUCUUCUUGCAAAUGAAAUGAUGAAUUAAUGGAAGCGCGAGCACUUGAAAUUGCAAGAAUGUUGGAAAUUUGUGAGCUUGAAACAGGCAGAGGACUUAAUCAGGUUGGUACAUUACAACGAGCUGGGGAAACUCGUUGGAGCUCGCAUUUCAGUUCUGUUUGCAGUUUGAUUAGGAUGUUUGCUGCAACUUGUUCUGUUUUAGAAGAUGUUGAAGAGAAUGGUAAUAACUAUUCUACUCGUGGAGAUGCAGCUGGAGCACUUAGAAGAUUAAAUCUUUUGAUUUUGUUUUCUUGUUGCAUCUUAUUAAAGAAAUUAUGGGCAUUACGGAUCUUCUAUGUCAGCAUCUACAACAGAAGACCCAAGACAUAGUAAAUGUUAUGCAUUUGGUGUCAAGCACCAAAAUGUUGAUCCAAAAUUUAAGGGAAGGUGGAUGGGAUAACUUCUUAGAAAUUGUUAAAGAGUUUUGCAAAAAACAUGAUAUUGAAGCUCCUAAUAUGAAGUCUCCUUAUGUGGUAAAACACAAACGCAAUGAUCAAGAAGGGUUUGGUAUUGAACGUCACUAUCGGGUUGAUAUGUUUUACGCAGCUAUAGAUUCACAAUUGUUGGAGCUGAAUAGCAGAUUCAGUGAACAGAUAAUGGAUCUUUUUACUCUUAGCUUUGCUUUGGAUCAUAAGGACUCAUAUAGGUCCUUUAACAUUGAUGAUAUUUGUUCUUUAGUGGAUAAAUACUACCCCUUUGAUUUUAUUGAGCAGGAGAAGGUAGGCUUGAGGUUUCAAUUGCAGCAUUACAAGUUAAAUGUUUUAAAUCAUUCGAAGUUGGCGAAUUUGUCUACAAUGGGUGAACUUUGUGAAGGAUUAGCGGAGAUAGGGAUGUCAAAAGUGUAUUUUCUUCUUGAUAGAUUGGUCCGACUUUUGUUGACUCUACCUGUAUCGACAGCAACAACAGAAAAAUCAUUUUCAACAAUGAAAAUUAUAAAAACAAGGCUUCACAAUAAAAUGGAGGAUGAGUAUCUUGCAGACAACCUUAUUGUUUAAAUUUAAAGAGAAAUUGUUAAAACUUUUAACUCAAAAGACGUGAUUGAGGAAUUUAUCUCGUUGAAGGAGCGUCGAGCACAAUUCUAUGGUAUUAACUUUACUAUUCUGUAAUAACAUUGUCUCUUCUUCUAUUUUUUGCCUAUUGUGUACUAUUUUAAUGCUUCAUUUAAAAUAAAAGUUUUUAGAGCGUCUACAUUUUUUUGUUUAAAUUACCGCCCCUCCAAGAUGGAUUUCCU